AUGGCUUGGUUCACAACUUUGCCUCGCGGAUCUAGCACGAACUUCCGUGAUUUCUCGUCGAAGUUCCUUGUUCAGUUCUCCGCAAGCAAGAUCAAGGAGGUUACGAUCGAUGAUCGGUAUAAUGUUCGCCAGUUAGAAGGAGAAACUUUGAAGCACUAUGUAUGGCGGUACAGUGCAGUAUCUGUCAAGAUCGAGGAGUCGGAGCCGCAAGCAUGUGCCCGCGCCUUUAAGAAUGGACUCCUCUCGGGGAUGCUGAACAACAAGCUAAGUCGGAAGCCUGCUCGUUCGAUGGCGGAAGUCCGCGCUCGGGCGAACACUUACAUCCUGGAUGAGGAAGACGACGCGUUCAAAAGGAGGCGUGAAAAGACGGAAAAAGAUGGCGGUCGGAAGGACUUAUCUCCAGCGGGAAGGCAAGGUCGGGAGAAGGGAGAAAGUAACAAGCGAAGGGAUAAGAAAAUCAAGCCAUCGGAGAAGCUAGCGAAGGAACAACUUUAUCCGAAGAAGGAAAAAUUUGAGUGCCGGCGCCCGUGGCAAACUGAUUCUCGCCGACGAGAGUGGUCUGGCAAAAACCUAAGCGCACAUUUGACAGAACUGCUUCGGGAGGUCAAGGCAACGCAUGCAGUCGAAGAGGGCGAGAGGGAAGUUAAUCCGCCGCGGGAGGUAGUGGACAAAACCAAGUGCUGCGAGUAUCAUAGCUCGGCGGGCCACGACACCGGUGACUGCUUCACGUUGAAAAAUGAGAUUGAGAGGCUGAUCAGGGCGAGAAGCUCACAAAUGAAUGAUCCCAGCGAUCGCUGGCAGGGCGGGUGCCAACAGGGGAAUCCCUACAAGGGAAACCGCCAGCGGGAUGACCGCCAUCAGACACCAACAGCGGACAGGAAGAGACAUUGGCGACAAGGAAGAAAGGAGCCGUAG